CAAAGUUGUCGAUGCCCUUUCGCCUACGCACUGCGGAGAGAGAAAUUGAGUUUCCGAGAUAACCAGUUUUCUCUUUGAUUCAUCAAUGGCAACUGCGAGGACCGUGAAGGAUGUUUCGCCUCACGAUUUCGUGAAGGCUUAUGCUUCCCACCUCAAGCGUUCCGGCAAGAUGGAGCUUCCUGAGUGGACCGAUAUUGUAAAAACAGCAAAAUUUAAGGAGUUGGCUCCAUAUGAUCCUGACUGGUACUACAUUAGGGCUGCCUCAAUGGCAAGAAAGAUCUAUUUGAGAGGUGGUCUUGGUGUUGGUGCUUUCCAGAGGAUCUAUGGUGGAAGCAAAAGAAAUGGAAGCCGUCCCCCACAUUUCUGCAAGAGCAGCGGUGCAAUUGCCAGACACAUUCUGCAACAGUUGCAAAACAUGAGCAUUGUUGAGAUUGAUACAAAAGGAGGUAGGAAAAUCACUUCUAGUGGUCGAAGGGAUCUUGACCAAGUUGCUGGGCGGAUUGUGGUUGCUGCCUGAUCGAACAUCUCUUUGAGAACUGAUGAUGCAUUCUAGGAUUUAUGUUUGCUUAUUAGUAGAUGGCAUCAAGGAAAAAUUAAGUAUUGUUUGCUGAGAAUUUUACAAUUUGUAUUUUUGUUAAAUGUUUAACCUUUAUUCUAGUUUGGAGUUUUGGUCAUUAAGGUUUUGAUUUAAGUUCUCAAUGCAUUAUAUCUUCUCCAAUCACCAUUAUAUAUUGAAUGAUAUGAAUUAUAGUGAUGCU